CCAGCAAGUGGGAGUGGACCUCUGUGUGCCUGCAACAGUGUGCGCGCAGGCGUUUGUCAAUGUGGAGACGAAGAGGAGACGAGCGAGAGAGCAUCGGCACGGUCCUCCCAGUCUGUCCUCUCUCUGUGCGUGGAACAGUCCUUCCCUCUGUGCGUCUGAAGGGACUUUCUGCGGACGCGUCCCCCGCCGGCGAAGACGACAGCUGCUGCCGCUCCACUUCAAGAGCUCCUACAUGCUGGAUUUUACGGAAAGUGAGGAGAGGAGAGGAGCAGGGGGAGAUCUGUGAACAUGAGUGAGGAGGCGAAGGAUAAAGCAGGCAGCGGGAAAGGAGCCCAUCGGAAAAAGAAAGGCAAAAAGUCUGACAAUAAUGCCAGUUACCUGCGAGCUGCCCGGGCAGGGAACCUAGAAAAGGUCCUUGACUACAUCAAGUCUGGGGUGGAGAUCAAUAUUUGCAAUCAGAAUGGUCUGAAUGCACUUCAUCUAGCCUCGAAGGAGGGGCAUGUGGAGGUUGUUGCUGAGCUGUUGAAACUUGGAGCCACUGUAGAUGCAGCCACAAAGAAAGGAAAUACCGCUCUGCACAUAGCAUCGCUGGCUGGACAAACGGAAGUGGUCAAAGAACUGGUCACCAAUGGAGCCAACGUCAAUGCACAAUCUCAGAAUGGCUUCACUCCUCUAUAUAUGGCAGCCCAGGAGAACCACCUGGAUGUGGUACGGUUCCUUCUGGAGAACGGCGCAAGCCAGAGUAUGGCCACUGAGGAUGGCUUCACCCCUCUGGCGGUGGCCCUUCAGCAGGGCCAUGACCAGGUGGUCUCCCUGCUACUAGAGAACGAUACGAAGGGCAAGGUACGCCUUCCUGCCCUGCACAUCGCCGCCCGCAAGGACGACACCAAGGCUGCGGCCCUGCUACUGCAGAACGACCACAAUGCUGAUGUUGAGUCGAAAAGUGGUUUCACCCCUCUUCACAUUGCGGCUCACUAUGGCAACAUCAAUGUGGCCACACUACUGCUGAACCGAGGGGCUGCUGUGGACUUCAUGGCUAGGAAUGACAUCACACCACUCCAUGUGGCAGCGAAAAGGGGAAACAGCAACAUGGUGAAGCUGCUGCUGGACAGAGGGGCCAAAAUUGAUGCUAAGACCAAGGACGGUCUGACACCGCUUCACUGCGGUGCGAGGAGCGGUCACGAGCAGGUAGUCGAAAUUCUUCUGGACCGAGGAGCUCCUAUCCUGUCCAAGACCAAGAACGGCCUGUCACCCCUCCACAUGGCCACUCAGGGCGAUCACUUGAACUGUGUUCAGCUCCUGCUCCAACACGAUGUGCCAGUAGACGACGUCACCAAUGACUACCUGACGGCACUGCACGUGGCUGCCCACUGUGGACACUACAAGGUGGCCAAGCUCAUUGUGGACAAGAAGGCCAACCCAAAUGCCAAGGCCCUGAAUGGUUUCACGCCGCUCCACAUUGCCUGUAAGAAGAACCGAGCCAAAGUGAUGGAGCUGUUACUCAAACAUGGAGCGUCCAUCCAGGCAGUCACAGAGUCCGGCCUCACACCCAUCCACGUGGCAGCCUUCAUGGGCCACGAGAACAUCGUCCACGCACUGACGCACCACGGUGCUUCACCCAACACCACCAACGUCAGAGGUGAGACAGCUCUCCACAUGGCAGCCAGGGCGGGCCAGGCAGAUGUAGUCCGAUACCUGCUCAAGAAUGGAGCCAAGGUGGAGACCAAGUCCAAGGAUGACCAGACGGCGUUGCACAUCUCCAGUCGGCUGGGAAAAGUAGAUAUUGUCCAGCAGCUGCUGCAGUGCGGCGCCUCUGCCAACGCUGCCACCACCUCAGGCUACACCCCACUUCACCUGGCUGCCCGGGAAGGACACCAAGAUGUUGCUGCCAUGCUGCUGGACAACGGAGCCUUGCUCUCCUCAUCUACAAAGAAAGGGUUCAGUCCCCUGCAUGUGGCAGCAAAGUAUGGCAAGAUGGAAGUGGCUAAUCUGCUCCUACAGAAGAGAGCAGCUCCUGACGCUGCUGGAAAGAGCGGGCUAACCCCUCUGCAUGUAGCCGCUCACUACGAUAAUCAGAAAGUGGCCCUGCUGCUGCUGGAUCAGGGAGCUUCCCCGCAUGCUGCAGCCAAGAAUGGUUAUACACCACUGCACAUUGCUGCCAAAAAGAACCAAAUGGACAUCGGGACCACAUUGCUGGAAUAUGGUGCUGACACCAAUGCAGUGACGCGACAGGGCAUCAGCCCUAUACACCUGGCAGCACAGGAGGGCAGCGUGGACCUGGUGUCGCUGCUGCUGACAAAGAAUGCCAACGUCAACGUGUCCAAUAAGAGUGGACUUACACCCCUUCACUUAGCAGCUCAGGAGGACAAGGUCAAUGUUGCAGAAGUGUUACUCAACCAUGGAGCUGAUGUUGACCCACAAACAAAGAUGGGUUACACACCUCUGCAUGUGGCUUGUCACUAUGGCAGCGCAAAGAUGGCAAACUUUCUGCUCCAGAACCACGCCAGAGUCAACAGCAAAACCAAGAACGGGUACACUUCUCUACACCAAGCGGCUCAACAGGGCCACACCCACAUCAUCAACCUGCUGCUUCAGCACGGGGCCUCAGCCAACGAGCUCACACUGAAUGGGAAUACUCCCCUGUCCGUCGCCCGUCGUCUCGGAUACAUCUCUGUGGUGGACACUCUAAGGCCUGUGACGGAUGAAAACCUGACCUCUGUGGCUGCGUCAGAAAAGCACAAAAUCAACAUUCCAGAGACCAUGAAUGAAUUCCUUGAUAUGUCAGACGAUGAAGUUCGGGCUAACGCACCUGAAAUUCUCAGUGAGGAGAGUAUUUCAGAUGUUGAUGAAGGUGAGGAUGCGAUGACCGGGGACACGGACAAAUAUCUGCGGCCGCAGGACCUCAAAGAGCUGGGGGACGACUCUCUCCCACAGGAGGGGUACAUGGGGUUCAGCAUUGGAGCCCGCUCGGCCAGCCUCCGCUCCUUCAGUUCGGAUAGGUCCAACACACUCAACCGCAGCUCCUUCGCGCGUGACAGCAUGAUGAUUGAAGAGAUUCUGGCCCCCACCAAGGACACGCUUCAGAGCGCCUGUAAAGAUAUUUCCUACUUGGUUGACCCCCUAAAUAAGCACCUGGCUGUAACCCGGGACUACAGCUCAGAGUGUAUGCGGCGUUACAGCUGGACUCCAGACACCAUGGACCACAGCCACCAUCCCGUGUCCAGCCCCAUUCACUCUGGCUUCUCCUCCCCGCUCCCUCAGUAUGACUCCAGGUUCUUGGUCAGCUUCAUGGUUGAUGCCCGAGGUGGCUCCAUGAGAGGCAGCCGUCACAAUGGCAUGCGCAUUAUCAUCCCACCCAGGAAGUGCACAGCACCCACACGUAUCACCUGCCGCUUGGCCAAGAGACACAAGCUGGCCUACCCCCCACCCAUGGUGGAGGGAGAAGGACUGGUCAGCCGGCUGGUGGAGGUUGGACCAGCUGGGGCUCAGUUUCUUGGCCCUGUGAUUGUAGAAAUCCCUCAUUUUGGGUCCAUGCGAGGAAAAGAGAGGGAGCUGAUUGUGUUGAGGAGUGACAAUGGUGACACGUGGAAAGAGCACCAGUCUGAUGCCACGCCAGAAGACCUUACGGAACUCCUCACCGGCAUGGAUGAAGAGCUGGACAGCCCUGCUGAGUUGGAGAAGAAGCGCAUAUGCCGCAUUGUCACCAGUGAUUUUCCACAGUAUUUUGCUGUGGUCUCACGGAUCAAGCAGGAAUCAAACCACAUGGGCCCUGACGGAGGUGUACUGUCCAGCAACACUGUGCCCAUGGUCCAGGCAUCAUUCCCACAGGGGGCACUCACCAAGAGGAUUCGUGUCGGGCUGCAGGCCCAGCCUGUGCCUGAUGAUAUGGUGAGGGCGGUCCUGGGCAACAGAGCCACCUUCAGCCCAAUUGUCACAGUGGAGCCCAGGAGGAGAAAGUUUCACAAGCCCAUCACAAUGACAAUCCCAGUCCCACCAAGAUCAGCAGAGGGCCACCCCACAGGCCACCGAGGCAGUGCUACCCCCUGUCUGCGCUUGCUGUGCAGUAUCACAGGAGGGACGUCUCCAGCUCAGUGGGAGGAUAUUACAGGAACAACACCUCUGUCCUUUGUAACUGACUGUGUCUCCUUUACCACAAACGUGUCGGCCAGGUUCUGGCUCGCAGACUGUCACCAGAUUCCUGAGACGGUAAGUCUAGCGUCUCAGUUAUACCGGGAACUGAUCUGCGUGCCGUAUCUGGCCAAGUUUGUGGUGUUUGCCAAGAUGAACGAUAUUGUCGAGGCUCGGCUGCGCUGCUUCUGCAUGACGGACGACAAGGUUGACAAGACCCUUGAGCAGCAGGAGAACUUUGAGGAAAUGGCUCGUAGCAAAGACAUUGAGGUUCUAGAGGGUAAGCCUAUCCAUGUGGAUUGCUAUGGCAACCUGUCCCCUCUGACCAAAAGUGGGCAGCAGUUGGUUUUUAACUUCUACUCCUUCAAGGAAAACAGACUUCCGUUCAACGUGAAGAUCAGAGACAUGAGCCAAGAACCAUGUGGGCGUCUCUCCUUCCUAAGAGAACCAAAAAGCACCAAAGGUCUUCCACAGACUGCCAUAUGCAAUUUGAAUAUCACACUGCCAACCCACAGAAAGGAUAUGGAGUCUGAUCCUGAUGAUGAGACUGAAAAGCCAGAACGACGUCAUACCUUUGCCUCCUUAGCUUUGCGUAAGCGCUACAGCUAUUUGACCGAUCCAGCAGCGAAAACAACUGAUCGAAGCUCACCGAGAACACAGCCUUCUGGUUACCCUCACAAACCUGGCUUUUCAACGAGAUCUUAUCAGGCGUGGUCGCCUGUUCCUGUCACCGUCCCUGGCCAAGCCAAGUCUGGGUUUGGCUCCCUCUCCAGUUCGUCAUCCAACACGCCUUCUGCCUCUCCAUUAAAAUCUGUCUGGUCCAUCAACUCUGCCUCCCCCGUCAAGACCAACGCCCCUGGAUCCCCUGCCUCUUCUGUCAAAUCAGUUAGCGACAUGGCUUCACCCAUACGAUCUUACAGAACAAUCUCAUCUCCUAUAAAAACUGUAGUUCAGCAAUGCCAAUACCAAGUCCAAGUGGCCCCCAGUCCCCUGGGCUCUGCAGCAAAAAGUUCCCCAGACCCUAUGUCUAUGAAAGGACUGACAGCGUUGUCUGCUAGGACCUCCCCUGUAACUACCCAUGGAGGAGGAAGUGCUCUUCUUGAAAGAGCAUCCGUACCUAUCACCCCACCAGCCUCUCCCAAAUCAUCUUUGAGUAUGUUCGGUUCACCUCUGUCAUACAAAACUGUUAUGGGGAGCUCAAGUGGCACACCAUCCUCCUCCUCCCCCAUAAAAACAGUUCCAGGGCUUUCUUGUGUCCGUUCCUUUGCAGAUGCCUCAGGCCCUGCAAGGAACCUGUUCUCUCUUCUCUCCCCAUUUAAAUCUAAGGCCUCCUCUGGUGCUGCGACUCUAAUAAAUGGAAGUGCACCCCCUCCACAGUACCGCUCUUCAUCCCCAACAUCUCCGCUCACAAAUAGUCUGCAAGAGAGAAUACAAGCAACCACCAAUGCUGCAACAACAAGUGUCAAUGCAGUGUUUGAUGAAGUUGAAAAAACAUUUAAUUCUUGUUCUGCAGGCUAUGGAACCUUGAAGUCUUUGUCCUCCUCUGCUUCUUCCUCAUAUCAGUCCAUUAGAUCAUCAGCUUCUGGCUCCCUGUAUCCCUCAGUAAGAUCCCCUCCUAAUGUCACCACUGCUGUGACAUCCAGCACAAUGACUGUUCCAGUGUACUCUGUUAUUAAUGUGCUGACAGAACCACAGUUUAAGAAACUACCUGAGGUGUCAGUGUCAGCUGCUGCUCUUCUUUCUCCUCAGAAGACAUUGCCUGCUGAGUUGAAUGCUCAGGCGCAGUCUCCCUUUGCCAGAACUCUUUCCCCUGUCAAAUCUCCUCUUUUCUCUGCUGCCAUGAAAUCAACAUCCACAUCAACAUUAUCAUCCAGCCAGGAGAUUCUGAGGGAUGUAGCUGAAAUGAAAGAGGACUUGAUACGGAUGUCCACCAUUUUGCAGACAGACCCAAAUUCCACAGCCAAUAAAGGAUUUCAGUCAAAUUCUCCCAAAGAGAUUAAGAUAGAGGAUGAGGAGCCAUAUCGGAUUGUGGAAAAAGUUAAACAAGAUUUGGUAAAAGUGAGUGAAAUACUGACCAAAGAUGCUGUGAAAGAUGGUAGGGUUUCUUUUGCAAAGGGUUCUCUGGAUGACAUACACUUUUCUAAAGUACCCAUCGAGCAACCACCAAGCAACUGGAGCUAUCCACCUAGAUAUGAAACUGUGGUUCCUCAAGCCAAAUCAAAGAAAAUACCAGACAGGGAUUUCAAUCUUUCCAGUGUAGUUGACUACCUGGCCAGUGAUGUUAGCAGCAACUCUUUCUCUAAAAUGCAUGACACAAAACAUAAAACAGAUGAGGGCAAGCGAGAAGGAGAUGGCAAGGAGAAACAAAAACGUGUCCUCAAACCUGCCAUAGCAGUUCAGGAGCAUAAGCUUAAAAUGCCGCCAACAAACAUGCGCUCAUCUGGUUCGGAGAAAGAAAUCAGUAAAAUAGCAGGCGUCCUCUUUGGAGCAGAUACAGUGCUAGAAUCUCCUGAUGACAUUUCACAUGAGCAGGAUAAGAGUCCCCUUUCAGACAGUGGCUUUGAGACCAGGAGUGAAAGGACACCAUCUGCGCCUCAGAGUGCAGAAGGCAUGGGCCCCAAGGCCCUGUUUCAGGACAUCCCAGUUCCCCCAGUAAUCACCGAGACAAGAACUGAAGUUGUGCACGUCAUCAGGAGCUAUGAGUCCCCAGAGGACAACAAACAAGCUGUAUUGGAGGAUGCACAACCUGUCAGAUACAUUGAUAGUGAUUCCAAAGGGAAUCAAACUGUGUUAAUGCAAGAUCAAAAUAAAUCCUACCCAAUUAAAGUUAGCCCUGAGGAUGAUCCAGUGGGAAAAGGGAUGAGGCUAAAGGAAGAGACUCACAUCACCACUACCACUAGGAUGGUGUAUCACAAACCCCCUGGCAAAGAAGCUGCAACAGAGAGGUGUGAGGAAACUAUGUCUGUACAUGAUAUAAUGAAAGCUUUUCAGUCAGGCAAGGACCCUUCUAGAGAGCUGGCUGGACUGUUUGAACACAAGCCUGGCAGUGAGGAAACAUCACCAAGACUAACUGAGGACAUCAACUCCAAACCUAAGGUUGAAAGAAUAAUUGAGGUUCAUAUUGAAAAAGGCAAUAAAAGUGAACCAACAGAAGUCAUUAUCAGAGAAACAAAAAACCAUGCAGAGAAGGAAAUGUAUUACUACCCAGGAAGCAGACAGGAAGAGGAACCUGAGGAAUACCUUCCAAGUUACCUUGAGGCCUCCAGAGGGAACACACCUAUUUCACAGGAAGAAGAUAGUCGGCCUAGUUCGGCCCAGCUCAUGACCGAUGACUCUUACAAAACACUAAAAGCACUUAGUCAGCAGUCAGUCGAAUAUAAUGAUGAUGAAUCAUCAGAGCUUAGAGGAGAAUCUUAUAACUUUGCUGAGAAAAUGUUGCUUUCUGAGAAAUGUGACCGUUCUCAUUCUGACACAGAGGAAUACCUGAGAGACAGGUCUCAUUUUCACUCGCCAGACAGAAGUAGCAAAAGUGAGGGAAGACCAGCUGGACCAAGAACAGAAUAUAUUUUUAGAUCUUCAAGAAAUGUGUUUGACAAAUCUGGUAGAAUGGCAAAUGUCGACGACAGUUUUGAUAAACUAACACUUUUGCAGUAUUCAUCUGAGCCUGGUAGCCCGAAGCAGUCUGUUUGGAUGCGUGUGGCAGAAGACACACAGAAUAAGGACCGAGAACAGAUAACCUAUGAAGACAGAGUAGACAAGACUGUGAAGGAAGCACACGAAAAACUCAGUGAGGUAUCACAAUUUUUUCGUGAUAAAACCGAGCAACUCAAUGAUGAGUUGUCUUCUCCAGAGAAGAAAUCUUGCAGACCAGACUUCAGAGAAACAAGAUCAGGGCCCAGUUCUACACACAGUAGUCCAGAGAGGUCCACGUAUAGGAGUGGUGGUGCCGGAGAGGAAUGGAACAGAGAUAGGCUUAGAGAUCGGUUUGGAUCUAGUGAUAGGAAAUGUGCCAGCUUACCGAGCAGUCCAGAGAGAAGAGUCCUGUUGCAAUACAGUGAUUUAGACACAAGAAAGCAAGGAGAUACUAAAUCACAAGGAGGCACAGGUGAAAGCCCAAAACCUUUUCAAAUAUCCUCCUCCAAAGUAAGUGCUGCUAGGCUAAAGUUUGAGCAAGAAGCUCAAAGACAAGAUAAAGGUCCUCAGUGUGGCCAGAAUUCAAACGCUCCUAUCAGGAAGCUCCAGGAGAGUAAGCUGCCUGUGUAUCAAGUAUUUGCUGGUUCAGAUAUGCCCAAAACAGACAGUGCAGUAAGUGAGAAGAAACCCUUGUAUAGUGAGUCAAAUAAAUUUUCAUCCAGUCGCAAUGCCAGUGAAAAAGAACAAGAAGAAAAAAAGUUAUUCAAAACAUGGGAGAGCCAAGGAUAUGGAAACUAUAAAUCCCCGCCAACCAAACUAUCCCAUUCCUUGCAACUUGAUUCAAGGAAAGAUGGUACGAGCAGUGAUUCUCAAAGACAAGAAACCACUAAGAAAAUAAUAUACACAGAAUUUGUUGUCAGAGAAAGUCAGAAUAGUAAUGACGGUCUAAAAAAAAACUUGGAAUCACAAAUUCCUGUAAGAAAACCAUCUAAUGAGAAACACCAGUACACUUCAUUAAAAGUAAAUGCUUCAGUUGAACCGUGCGAGAAAGCAGGGUCUCAUAUACCGACUUUAGUUAGAAAUCGGUUGCACAGUAGCUCUGAAGCCAGCAAGUUGAAUUGUGGAUCCGCGUUAGGGAAACCCACAGAUUCACCAGAUGACAGUCAGUCCAAUGUAGUGUGUAACGGCGUUGAAAAUGAUCAAGUAGAUUAUUUGGAUAAAGAAACUCCGGUGGUUGUCACAGAGGGCUUCAAAGAUAUCAAACCCUUACCUGUGUAUGUUAGUAUUCAAGUAGGAAAGCAGUUUGAGAAAGAAACAGCUUCUGAACAGCUGGGAACAUACAAAAAGAUAGUGAGCCGUGAGAGUAAGACAGUGCAUGAAACAAGAGGAGCAUUUUACACGGUGAAACAAAAGCAGUCGCCAUCUCCUCACGGAAGUCCAGAAGAUGACACUCUAGAACAAGUGACGUUCAUGGACAGUUCUGGCAAGAGUCCUGUUACUCCUGAGACUCCCAGCUCAGAGGAAAUGAGUCUGACCUCAAGAACACCAGAUUCUGUGAUAGGCAUCAUACCUGGCAUGCCCAGCCCUAUCCUAGAGGAGUCUGAAGAAGAAGGAAAGGCAGGCCUGCGUAAAGUGUCUCCAAGGGAAGAAGUCAAGCCAGAUUCUUCAGAGAAUCCCUGUCGAAACCAAGAUGCAGAAAGACAAAAUUCCAAGGAAAAAAGGGUUGCUUAUAUCGAGUUUCCUCCUCCUCCUCCUUUGAAGGCAGAGCAGCCUUACGCCGAGAAAAGGGGGUCACGUGCUUCAUCUGAGGCAGACACAGAGAUGAUGGAGGUGAACCUCCAAGAGGAGCAUGAUAGGCACCUCUUAGCUGAGCCAAUCAUCAGGGUCCAGCCUCCAUCCCCAAUUCCUCCUGGAGAUAAUAACAGUGAUUCUAGUGAUGAUGAGUCCGUCUUCCAUCCCAUUCCUAUCAAAAAGUACACUUUCAAAAUGAAAGAAGAGGGUGAGAAACGAUCAAAGCAAAAAAGAUCUGAGAAAAAUGGAAAUAAGGAGUGUGGGAUCAGUAGUGUUUCAAAGGGAGAGGAAGCGGAGAUGGAACAAAAUGGCAAUGACCAGUCAAUCACUGAUUGUUCUAUUGCAACUACUGCUGAGUUCUCCCAUGACACAGAUGCAACUGAGAUAGACUCUUUAGAUGGAUAUGACCUUCAAGAUGAGGAUGAUGGACUAAGCGAAGACCCCAAAACAUCUAGUCUGUCAAAUGAUGAAAAACAAGCCGACCGUUCUUUUAGUCAAUCCAAACUUGAAGUGAUAGAGGAAGAGAAGUGUGAGGAAGGUGGAGCUAAUGGAAAGACAAAAAACACAUCUACAGGGAAAAACAGUGGAGAUGAAAAGGAUUACACACUGGAAGGAAGACAUCCAGAUAGACAGGUGUUUGGAGACAACUAUUUUGGCUACCAACUGGAGGAGGAGCUCAACUCUACCUUUAAAACUGUUGCCACAAAAGGCCUGGACUUUGACCCAUGGUCAACCAAAGGGAGUGAUAAUGAGGGUGUUUUUGAGUCUAAAACAAAAGAGGAAGAUUCCAAACACUUUGGCUUGUCAGUAGAUGACAAGUCACAGGCCACAACGCCUGACACAACCCCCGCUCGAACACCAACUGAUGAAAGCACACCGACUAGUGAGCCCAACCCUUUCCCUUUCCAUGAAGGGAAGAUGUUUGAGAUGACCCGCAGUGGUGCUAUUGACAUGAGCAAGCGGGACUUUGUUGAAGAGAGGCUACAGUUUUUCCAGAUUGGUGAGCAUUCCUCUGACCCUAAAACAGGGGGAAGGGGGAGAGGGGGCAAGGUCCUUGGGGUAAUUUCCUCUCAAUCAAAAACAGGGGAGAGGGCCACAGUAGGGGAAGGUGGGAAGGUGAAGGUAAUAGAAACAGCCACAGCCAGCAACACUACACCAGCAACACCAGCAGCAGCAAAAUGCAGUCCCGCACAGUCUGGCAAUGUCGGUGGCUACACUGGUCCUGAUUCCCCCACCUGUGAAGCCAAAGCUGAGACCGCCUCAUCAUUCACAAUCACAGCCUCUAAGGUUGAUCCCAAAUUACGCACUCCUAUUAAAAUGGGCAUAGCUGCCUCACUAACAGUGAAAAAAGACUCAGGUGAUCUGUCUGACUGCAAAGCUGAGCUGUCAGAGGGUCAGAUGGUUCCAGAGUACAUCAGUAUUGAGGGUCAGGGUAGAGAGAGCAUGUCCAGCAGAUGCGCUGAUCCCAAGUUAGAGAAGAGAGGUUACCCAUCUGAAAACUGCAACAACAACAAUAACCUAGAGUCCUCCAGUGUUCAGGCUAACUACAUUCAGUGUGGCAGCGUGGUGUUUAAUUUGCAGUCCUCCUCUGAGCCCACGCUUCAGAAAGCCAGUAGGAUAGAAACAAUUAGCUGUAGUAAUGUAGAAGGGAGAGCAGACGCAUGCAGCAUUCAAGGGAAAGAGGCUAAAAAUGAAACAGUUAAAGAAGGUGAGAUGAAGCAACCAAAGUCUAGGCUUCCUGUAAAAGCAUCAGGGUGGACAUUUCACACACAGGGAACAGCCAUAGGCAAACAGAAGCCCAAAGAAACAGUGACAGUUGAGGUCAGAAAAAGAGGAGAGCCAGCCAUAGCCAAAGUAGAGCCCAGGUCUAGAAUACCAAUCAAGGAUGUUAAAAAGAGCUGCUCUGCUGCCACGGCUAGCUUACCUGUUUCAGUUAGGGUCCCCUCCCAACCUCAGAGGGCAUUGGACACAGAAAGAACAGCCAUACAGUUGCCCUCAAGGCUGCCGCUGAAGGACAGGCCUCAGGUUGGCAUUGCCACAUGUGAGGCAGUAUGUAGAAAGGACAAACAGGAGAAUCCUAGUGAGGUUUGUAAGCGCACCAUCGAAUACUUUAAAGGAAUUAGCGGGGAGACGCAAAAGUUGGUGGACCGGCUGUCAGACGAGGAGAAAAAGACGCAGACAGAACAGUCGGAGGAAGACAGCACCUCCCGGAGCACCUCUCUGUCGGACGCCUCCCAGCCUUCCCAGCCCUCCCAGCCUUCCCGCUCAUCCAGGUCCGGUAGAGGUUUGAGGGCUGAGGCCGGGGCCGCGUCCGUAAGAGCAAAGGUGGCGACAACGGACAGGGCCUCCGGCAGUGAGAGGAGCAGAAGGAGUAGGCGGACUGGUGGGAAGGAGGGCAGUCAGGGACUCGCAGGGUCUCGAACACCUCCCAUCGCAGAGAUCAAGCCUAGUCCUCAAAGUCCCUGUGAGCGAACAGAUUUGCGAAUGGCUAUUGUUGCUGAUCACUUAGGACUUAGCUGGACAGAGCUGGCAAGAGAAAUGAACUUCACAGUGGAUGAGAUCAACCACAUCAGAAUAGAAAACCCCAACUCUCUGACAGCACAAAGCUUCAUGCUCUUAAAGAAAUGGGUCAGCCGGGAAGGGAAAAACGCCACGACGGAUGCCUUAACUGCGGUGCUGACCAAAGUCAAUCGGAUGGAUAUUGUGACUUUACUGGAGGGCCCAAUAUUUGACUAUGGUAACAUUUCAGGCACGAGAUGUUUUGCCGAUGAUAACGCUGUUUUCCGGGAUCAGGCUGAUGAUUAUCAGGGCAUUCUAGCGGAGCUGCAGUCCCCAGCUGCAUUGCACUCUGACUCCCACUUCCUGGAUCCCGAACUCCCUGUGACUCCCAACCCUUCCCUUUCCCAACACCAACACCACCAUUACCCAGAGUCAGAAACUCCUAUACUGGCUGACGUCCAACCUCAGGCCCUACCGUGCAGCCCAGUGGUAGAGACUGGUGGAGAGCCAGAAAGCCCCCCUAGGAGUCCCCCAAGACCUUGUGCGCUUGCUCUGUCCGUCUCAGUCUUUGAACUCCCUGAUCCUGUUCCUUCCAAGGUCAGAAAGCCCCACAUUGCUCUGAAUGACCAGCUGCUUUUGAGUGAGGAGGAGGACAGGUCUUCUCAAGAAAUGGAGUCGAACCACAAGCCCAAGUUGCACACCUCCCCCGAGUUAGACAUUGACAUGGCUUAUUUCACAUCUUCCCCUUCAGCAUCAUCAGUAUCAUCCUUAACCCCUUCAUCCCCUGAGAGAGCACAAAUAGAAGAGGGAACACUACAGAGAUUUACCCUAAGUGGAGUUGAAGAGGGUGUAGAUUUGGGAAGAGCUGAAAAGAAAGUGAGAGAAGAGAUUGCGGAUGUUGCUGAGGCAGGAGCAGGAAAGUUAGCACGAGGUGAUGGAGUAGUGGAAAAGUGGAUAGAGCAAGACUGGUUUAAAAAUGUGGAAAGAAAAUGUGAGAUGAUUGCAAAAGAUAGGUUUGUCUUGGUAGGGGAAAGAAAUCUUUUGGUAGAGCAGAUGGAAGGGUCUGCAGAGGAAGCGAAGGUGGUGAUAAAUGAACAGGAUGUUCUUCAACACGAUGGGAUGAAGGAAAGAACCUGUGAUAUGGAGGAACUGAGGGAAGUGCAGAAGGUGUCUAAAGAUCUGAUAGAAACUAGGCAGGAAAUAGACAGUGGUAGUAGUACACUGGAAACAGAAACGAUUACACUACAAACAGUGGAUGUGAGCAGUGAGACUCCCAUCUAUCACAGUGACAGACUGAAGACUGAAGGAGUACUUUCUGGAAUAUUAGACACCGGUAAAACAGGUGAGGAACAGGUGGUGACUGAUGUCUUCCCUCAGAACUGGGUUGACAUACUUGGGCAUCCUCAACCUAGUGAGUCUGGAUCCAAUGAAGAGGAGGAGGAUGGAGACGGAGACAUAAAACUGGCUAAAGAGACAUCAGUAUCUCUUUUGAAGGAGGUGAAGAAAGAAAGCGGCUCAGAGGAGGAGGAGGAGGAUGAAGAGAAGACCAAGACCAGUGUUCAGGAGAUUCUUGAUCAGGUUAAGCAGGCAGAAAAAGAGUUGUAUUCCCUUCCAGGUUGGCACAGUGAUUCAUCCAGCGUCAACGUGGAAUCACCAACGCCAGGCCGCAGUGUCAGCUCGGAUCUCCCCGACAGACGGGAAAGCCAAGAGAACUCCAGUGACUCCAUCACUUCCUCCUCCAGGGCUGAAUCAGGGAGGUCCCGACAGAACAGCAGCCACUCCAAGCAGUCACCUCAGGACGGCUCGUCUGAGUCAACCAGUGGCCGAAAGGAAGAUGGAGUGCUUGUGUCUGAGAAAAAGGUCCAGGGAGAACAGGCGAAAAACAUCCCAGGCGAGUCUAUGACAGAGGAACACUAUGUGGACCACGAUGGUAACCUCAUCAGUCGAAAAGUAAUCAGAAAGGUCAUUCGUCGUGUCUCACCUCAAACACCAGCAGACCAGAGAGCCAACAGGGACAUCCAACCCCAAGGACAACCCUGGUGCAGUCACAUUCUGCAGGAAGAGGAGCCAGAGCAAGGAGAAGGUGCUCGAAAUGGAAGGAGAAAGGAGGAAAGAAGGAUAGGGGAUAAGAAGCUCCAUUCGUAGGAAUGCUUGUGCUCUGCCAGGUAUACGCGGAACAUGCUAGAUGUUUCCUGGGAAUGUGAGACACAAGAGGACUGUGACGUUCCAUCGUGAGAACUUCAAGAAAGGGUCCAGUCUGCAGUUAUCUGUUUCAAACAAAUGGUUUUCAAGUGAGAGGAAGCAUUCUUCUGACUUAAGCAUGAGCAUGAAUAACUCACUCCCUGUUGCUCAGCGGAGCAGAAGGGGUUCUCACCUUCUGACUGUGGACCUCUGGACAAUAUUUUUCUCCUCGUUCGGUUGAAGCGAUGUACGCCAUAGGUCCACUAGUGUUGUGAGAGCGUUUGAGGACCAUCUUUUGCUGUGACAACGACAAGGAUUCCAGUUACUGAGAAUCACGCAGGUGCAACUGUGACCAAAGACGGCACAACAGCUCAGUUCGCGUUUUGGAAGGAAAGAACAAAGUAGACCCAAUAACACCGAAAAAUUCAAGUCGAACAUUUCGGAUCCAACUUCAACACUCGCCUUAUAGGUUUUUCUUGAACCCAUUGUUGUCAGGAUGUAAAUUGUUGAUUUUUUUUUUCUUUUUAAACCUUAAACUAACAAAAGUUUUUUUGUGCGUGUAUAUAAAAUUGCAAUGUGUAUAAUUCUUAAAAGUGAUGAGUUACUGCUUGAGAAUGCAGUGAAAAGAGUAGCUUUUUCACAUGCAGAAUUUAUUGAAACAGUUCCACUUUUAAAAGUAACUUCACGGGUUCUUGUAUAAGUACUUAUUAGAUCAGGGGUUUGUACAUGAAGAAAAAAACCUACAGGUUUGAGAAUACUUCCAGAAAAUCUGAGUCCAGUAAUUUCUAAAGUGGGAAUGACUCUAAUCCUGCAAAAGCAGCUUUUCAGAGCACUCAUAUUUUCAUGCAUGCAGUUCACAUUAUUUUAAGAACGAUUUUUACAAGUUUGCAGACACUGUAUU